GCCAACUCAACACGGGACACUUAGUGCUAUAGUACGAAGUAUAAGAGUCAUAGUCCGCUGGAGACAGACUAUGUACAAUACCCUUCACUUUUCAAUCUAGAUAAAGAAAGUGUCCAAACAGCUCGCUCCAAGAAUGCAUUUCUCUACUUCUGCCCUCCUCUCAGGCAUCGUUCUGGCUGCCACAGGUGCCGCAUACGAUACCGUCUCCUUCACGACAUGGAACUGCACUGAGUGCACCCCUGUGCCUGGCACGUUCUGUUCCGUCAACACCCGCUCACAACUUCCACCUGAUCUUUGCAUCACCAUGUGGAAUGGAAGUACCACCAUCAAAACCUACGACGCAACAUUGCCGUCUUGUCAAGUGAAUCUCUACCCUGAGCUCAAUUGCGGAGGAAUGCCGGAGGUACACAAGGACAACGGCGGAGUCUGUGAAAGCAAGAUUCCCUCGAACAGCUUCAAGAUCACAUGUUGAGCUACCUGGCAUGUCUAAAGUAGAGAUAUCUACAAGGUGUCUGCAGUACAUGCUUUUUUAUAAGUAUCGUGCGAUCUUUCUUGCGUCUUCGUCUCUUACCGCCGCUCGCUGUUCGUUCAACACAUGACAGGAGGGGCUUAUAUAUAUCUACAAUAAAGGGC